AUUUCAAAUUUGAAAAUUACUAUCAGAUGAUGUAGUUAAGAAGUGGAACAUUAAAGAAACCCCCUGCUAGAAUUUGCAUGUCUUCAUAUCAGGUAUUCUAUGCUGAAAAAGCUGCCUAAAUGAAAAAAGAUGGGAUGAUGAAAGGUAAGGAAAUCCAAAGCAAAAUCGCGGAAAUGUGGAGAUAAAUAGAUGAAGACGAGAAAGAGAAAUAUGAUGAUGAAUUUGAAAAAAUGGAGGCAAAGUACAAGGAAGACUUACUUUUAUAUUAUGGCGGGAAUGCAUAAGAUUUGAAAAAGUACAAAGCCUUACUGGAAGUUCCUGAGAAACCAAAGAAACCAGUAUCAGGUUGUUUAGUAUAUAUAGCGGAGAAUAGAAGAGCAUAUUCUGAAGAGAAUCCUGAUUUAUCCUCUGGUUAGGUAACAAAGGCAUUGGUGGAUCAAUAUAAUAAACUUUCAAAUAAGGAUAGAAAGAAGUACGAUGAUGAUUUCGAAAAGAAGCUAGAACAUUACCAUAAACAAAUGGAUGAAUGGUCAAAGUAAUACAAAUAAAUAUAGAAUUAAUUAGAAAGCAUUCAGAAAAGAGAGAGCAGUUCGACCAGUUGAUAGAGGAGAAGUUCAAACGAUCGGCUACAAGACAAGAUUUGUAGUAUUAGGAAUUGCCUCCUUAUAAGAGGGGUCCCAGAAAAAUGAAGGAUGACGAAGAAACUGCAUAAUAGAAACAUGAGAAGGAAGAUUAAAUGAAGAAGGAAGAUAAAAAGAAGGAUGACAAAGAUAAGUAGCUAUUUUAUAAUUAUAAAAUUAGUAAAAAAGGAACCAAAAAUACUAAAGAUGAAGGUAAAGGGGAAUCAAAGAAAAUGAAUGAUAAAGAUGUUAAAGAUAAAAAGGAUAUGAACCGUAAGAAAUCAAUGGGCAGAAGAUGUUGA